ACAAAGAGAGGAAGUAGUCUGCUUAUGUCACCAACUGAGCCACAACGUUCAUCCCCCCACAUUCAAACACACACUCACUUAAUGCUUUGUCACACUCGAUAUCAUUCACGUCUCUCUCUCCGACAGCAACAGAAACUCACACAAACACACUGAUCAAACACACUCUGCUGCAUUUGACAUACCAACCAUUCGGACGUAGCAGUGGUACCUGGGUUGGCUGUUCUCAGUAUGGCAAACAAAGCCGAUGUAAAGGCCAUGAUGGCUCGCUUCCAAACAGGUAGGGUUAGCACUGACGAGUCUUCUUCCACACCGCCUGGAUGCAUCAAACAACCUCUUACCUCCACCUUCUCCACCGGCCCGACCAUACCGACAAAGAAACCCGUCCUGGAGAGCCUCUCAGGCAGUUCCAUAAAUAUUCCUCCUAAACCCUCUUUUCUGAAAAACACUGCAUCAACUAAAAGUGACUCAGAGGUAAAUGAACCAAACAUGGCUAAAACCCUGGCAAGCAGGUUUGCAAGCAACCAGGAUGACUCCAACGGCAACAGAAAACCUUUCAAUGUUAAUAAACAGCAGUCAACCUUGAAGUCACCUUUUUUACAGCCUUCUGGGGAGGGAGCUAAAGGCCCUCUACAGAAGCCUCCCCCCUUCAACAAGCCCACUCCGAGCUCCAACCUGUCUGACCCUAAACCUACCUUCCCUAAACCCCCACCACCAUUGAACUCCAAGCCCAACUGGGUGAAAGAAGACAGCGGUGGAGGUCAACCACUAAAACCAAGCCUUUUAAAAUUAAGGCAGCAAAAUGACGAACUGGCAGGAGCAGGCCCCAACACUUCGAACAAACCCUCAACUCUAGCAAACACUUUUAAGCCCCCGGUCAACUUCAGGACUGCUCAGAAUACCUUCAACAAAGAGUCAGAUAACAGCCCGGUAGCAGAUGACAAACCAACAAACACCAGCAAGCCGCCACUCACUGCCACCAACUCUCUCCCUCCUCCAAAACCUCUAGCCAGUAAAAAACCCAGCACCAAAAAACCUCCAAAGAUUUUUCCUCAGGUGAGCAGCAUUACCAAUGAUGCCAAUUCAGGCCCAAAGAAAAACCCCCUCCCAAACAAUUUAGCAUUGGGCCCUGCUCCUGCCAAGCCCAACCGACCCCCUAAAGUCGACCUGGAGAGCUUUAAAAGAGGUGCUGUGGCCUCUGAUAAUGGUCCCGGAACCUUAAAGAAACCAAUCCUCCCAAUUUCUUCUCACGCCAGUAACCACAGCAACCACAUGACCCCGCCUCCACCCCCUCAGCCUUUAGUUCCCAAUUUGCCCCCACGACACCCUGGAGCCAUGAUGCAGCAGGAUGAGUUGUAUGUGGAACCUCCACCUCUACCACCACCCACAGGUCAUCCCAGUCAGAGAGCAAAGGAGGAAAAUGUUGAUCAGGAUGAUGAUGACGAUGAGCAAAUGUACGAGGCUCUUGAAGAACGAUGGGAUGAGACUGAACAAAAACCAGACAAGCAGAAAGAGAAGGAUGAAAAGGAGGAGAAAAAAAGAUUGGAGGCUGAGAAAAAGCAGCAGAAGGAACGUGAGAAGAAGGAACAAGAUGCCAGAAAGAAAUUUAAAUUGGUUGGCUCCCUGGACGUCAUCCACCAGGGGAAGGCGUGUGUGGAUUGUAAAGGCACUAAGACCGACCUCGCUCUGAAGCAGGGAGACUGCCUGGACAUCAUCCGUGUCCAGGGCAACCCAGAGGGAAAGUGGGUGGGACGAUUGCAGGAUGGAUCCAUUGGUUAUGUGAAGACCACUUCAGUAGAAAUUGACUUUAACACUCUGAAGAAUUGUCAAUCUCAGGAAUUAUACGAUGACAUCGGUGUGAUCUCUUCUGAAAACAGUGGAAAUAAAGGACCAGGAGUUGUCCUGCCCCCACUACCAGGAGACGGAGACGGUGAUGAAAUAUAUGAUGAUAUUGAUCCAAACAUGGACGUCAGUCCCACGGACUCCAGGUCUUCUCCUCAGAAGCCACGUAGCUUGCGGCAGAUGUUUGACUGGAACAGACGUCCCACCAGCACUAAAGUAGUGCCUCCACCCGAACAGUUUACUGCGGUGGGGAAUUCAGCAAUUGAUGACGAGAUAUACGACGAUGUUGACACUCAAAAUGUGCCUCCCCCUCCUCCCACCAGCAGCCUCCCACUACUAAAAGGCAAAAGCAAAGCUCAAGAGAUGGACCAAAAAAAGCAGAAAAAGUUUGAGAAAGAGGAGAAGGAAUUCAGGAAGAAGUUCAAAUACGAAGGAGAGAUACAGGUUCUGUACCAGGUGACCAUCGUCCCAACACUUACUAAUAAAAAGUGGAGUGGGAAGGAGCUCGCAGUCAAAGCAGGAGAGAAACUUGACGUCAUGGUUAAAGCCGUCGAUAACAAGUUGAUCUGUCGGAACGAGGAGGGGAAAUUUGGUUAUGUUUCGACCGGCUACAUAUUUACAGAUGAUGGUGAUAUCUAUGAUGAUAUUGGAGAUGAUUGCAUCUAUGACAACGAUUAGAGACAUUGCACAGGGUUUACUGUUUCACACUGAUACUGUUCAUGUUAUUUAUUAUUUGUAUUGAUAAUAUCAAUUUGGAGCUGCUCUUGGCUAGCGUAAUAAUUACAACAAACUUACAUGUUUCUCUUAAAUAUUUAUUGACCAACAUUUGAAUCAUAAAAUAAAUUGGACAGGUGGCUGUGUUUCAGAGAUCUGGAAAUUAUCCAGCUUUCAUUUCUUAAAUGUCAUCCUUUAAAAGGUUGUUUUCUUCAAACACACAAAACAAAAACAAACUAUUGGGAUCAGGUACUUGCAACAUUUCAACAAAAUGGGAAUCAUUUGUAACCAAACAGUAUUUGCGUUAAGCACUUCAAAACUCCACAGCACUGUAUUUAUAUGUAUGCUUCUGUGUGCUCUGUAAUUUGGUAGGAAGAUCUACAUGUUAUAAACAUUAUUUCUUUUAUGUUUUUAGUUUUUUAAAUGAUGUCCAUAAGAUCAUACUGUAUAUUCCAUUCCUGUCUGUAAAACUGGCAUUUUAACAGCUAAAAACUAACUCUAGUGUAAAAUUUCAACAUGUAGAAUAAACAAGAUGUCUCUA